AUGACAGUCAUUUUUCGUUUUUUUAGUAGAAGAAUAUCAAAUAAGACAAUAUUUACAACUGUACAACAAAUAUUUUCUACAAUUAAAAACAUGGCUGAUGAAAAAGAAAGCACACCAAACAUCACUUCAAGAUUAAAAGGAUAUCUUAGAGAAACUCCCUUCUUCUGCAAAAUUAUUGAACUACUUUGUUGUGUAAUUUCCGUGGGAUUAAUUGUUGAUCCGUACAACGAUCGAAUGCAAUCAAAUUUGAAUCAUGCUGGAGUGAUUUAUGUUGGAAUUUGUGGUUAUAUUAUGAUUAAUGCAAUUUUGAUACUUUGCUAUCUAUUAGGAGAAAAACUGAAUAAAAAAACUGCACUUUGUUUUUCUGCAUUGGGCGCGAUUAUGUCUUUCACCGCUGGAAUUAUUCUUAUUUAUGAUCAUGAAAAUUUUCAGAAUAAUUAUAUCUCAAGAUAUCACGAACGAUAUUUGAAACAAAUACUAGCCAGCGGAAUUUUUUCAAUUUUAUCAUCUGUUAUUUUCGUUUUUGAAACAUAUUUUACUUAUAAAUAUGAAGACGAUGUAAUAAUAAGCUAA